AUGCAGUACACUCCGUUCGCAUCGGAUAUCGAAUUACCAUUCUACACGUCUCUGGCAUCCCAUAAGAUCAAUCAUGACAAGCUGGAUGACUCCGCCCGAGCGGUGCUAGGUCUGUAUGAGAUCCGUCCGUCUGACCCCGAGGCUGCAUCGUGCCGAAUCCAGAUCCAUGGAAAUGCCCUCAGUUGCAGCGAUGCGCCGGCCAGCUAUUACAGGGCUGAAGGAACGAUCAAAAAUGUCAAUACCAUCGAGGAAUAUCGAAAUGCGGACAGGGCCAAAAUGCUGUCCCAAGUCGGACAGAUGGUCUGGGACGCUAUUCACGACGGGACAAUAUUCUCAUGUCCUUCCUUGCUAUCCAGUUACCUGAUCGUGUCUUUUGCCGACCUGAAGAAGUACAAGUUUCACUACUGGUUUGCAUUCCCGGCCAUCCAUUCAGAUCCUACAUGGUCACUUGUACAAAACCCACAGACAUCUGCAUCAGACCAAGCUCAACCUAUUGACAACGCAAAGGGGACACAUUUGUCUGCAGAUGAGAGCACUACCCUCGUGGACGCUGUCCAAACAUGGUCAUACACCGUGGAUCAUCGACAGCGUGGUUUCUUUUUGGCCCGCAGGGUAAGAAGUCGUGGCAGCGUGUCAGUCGACCCUGCCAAGAGAAGACAAUCAGAAACCGGAACACCAGUGAACACCUGGCAGAUAGCAGCUCUGUCCGAAUACGAGAAUGGAUUUUUCCAGAACGUACCCGCUGGGAACCGUUUUAUCUGCUUUGCAGACCCGUCGAACUAUGAGCAUGCCCCAGGAUGGAUGCUGCGUAACUUGUUGGUGCUGAUCAAGCAGCGAUGGGGCCUCGAACGAGUGCAAAUUCUACGCUAUCGUGAUGUGCAUGCGAAGCGUGAUCAAGGCCGCAGCUCAGUUAUACAACUGGAGUUACGCUCACAAGAACCUCGAUCCCCGAGUUCACAUCCAAGCCAUGGGGCCUUGCCGAAAGGACCGCUGCCGAAGGUUACCGGUUGGGAGCGUAACCCGGCGGGGAAGCUUUCCGGGAGAAUGGUUAAUUUGACAGAGUACAUGGACCCUAAAAGAUUGGCGGAUCAGUCAGUUGAUCUCAAUCUUAAACUUAUCAAAUGGCGCAUCAGUCCAACCUUGAACCUCGAGAAAAUCAAGAAUACCAAGUGUCUCUUGCUGGGAGCUGGGACACUGGGGAGCUACGUCUCCCGGAAUCUAUUGGGAUGGGGAGUGAAGAAGAUUACGUUUGUGGACAAUGGGACUGUGUCGUUUUCGAAUCCUGUUCGGCAACCACUUUUCAAUUUUGAAGAUUGCCUGGAUGGCGGGGCCCAGAAAGCAACCCGCGCAUCUGAAGCCCUAACGCAGAUAUAUCCGGGGGUGGAGACAGCGGGCCAUGCGUUCUCCGUGCCCAUGGCGGGUCAUCCAAUUGUGGAUGAAGCAGCAACAAGAAAAGAGUUUGAUACGUUGAAAACCUUGAUUGACGAGCAUGAUGCCAUAUUCCUUCUCAUGGAUACCCGUGAAUCAAGAUGGCUUCCCACCGUUAUGGGAAAAGCAGCAGGAAAGAUUGUGAUGAACGCCGCCCUGGGAUUUGAUACAUUUGUGGCGAUGCGCCAUGGUGUUAAUGAGAAUGAGCAACCGGCUAAGCUUGGGUGCUACUUCUGCAACGACGUCGUAGCACCGGCCAAUUCUGUCAAGGAUCAGACCCUUGAUCAACAAUGUACAGUGACGCGCCCAGGAGUAGCUCCUAUAGCUUCGGCACUUUUGGUGGAGUUGUUUGUUUCGCUUCUUCAGCACCCUCAAGAGGCCGCAGCACCGGCCCCGGUAGCCCGAAGCGUCGAGCGUGAUGAUCAUCCCUUGGGCGUUGUGCCUCACCAAAUCCGCGGUUACCUCUCCACCUUCGAAAAUAUGUCUGUGACCGGACAGAGUUAUCAAAGCUGCAGCGCAUGCUCGGAGAAGGUAGUUGGUGCGUAUCGCGAACAAGGAUGGGACUUCGUACGAAAAGCCCUAAAUGAGAAGGGCUAUGUUGAAGAAUUGAGUGGACUGAGAGAGGUGAGUAAACUGACCGAAGCAUCGAGCGCAACACUGACGCACAUCAGGUCCACGAGAAAGCAGAAGCUGCCCUUGCAGAUAUUGAAUGGGAUGAGGGAUCUGACAAUGAAGAGAUCGAAGUUCUCUGAGCAACAUGCUUCAAGUUCCCAGGUGGUUGCUCGCUAG